GGAAACCCUAAUUGACGACAACAUGUGUUUUGUUUGACAAGAGUUGGUGUUAUGUUUGGUUCAGUCUAUGACAGCAAACCAAUUGAUGACAAUCUGAACAUCACUUCAUAUACCACUCGAAGCAAUGAAGCUAGACAUCGAUGGACUGGACGUAUAUUUUCCGUAUGACUACAUAUAUCCGGAACAGUACUCAUAUAUGUGUGAACUCAAGAAAUGUCUGGACGCCAGAGGACAUGGAGUUCUGGAGAUGCCUUCCGGCACCGGAAAGACUAUAUCUCUAUUGGCUUUGAUUAUUGCAUAUCAAAGACAGCGACCAAACGAUAUCUCAAAACUGAUUUACUGUUCGCGAACUGUUCCAGAGAUUGAGAAAGUCAUACAAGAAUUAAGACAUUUGAAUGACUACUACAAGAAGCUGUCGACCAGUGAUCGAAACAAAAGCAAUUUUCUUGGUUUGUGUCUGACUUCGAGGAAGAAUCUAUGUAUUCAUCCGGUGGUGAGUAGAGAAAAAGAUGGAAAAUCAGUGGACGGAAAGUGCUUUAGUUUAACGGCUUCUCACCGAAGAGUAGCGUCCGAUUCAGAUGAGAGCCAAUCAAAUGAGUGCUCUUUCUAUGAGAAUUUCGAGGCAAAGGGUCGCGAAGUCUUACUUCCAAACGGUGUCUACAAUAUCGAUGACCUCAAGGGCUUCGGCCGAUCCAAAGGCUUAUGUCCUUAUUUUCUGACCCGUUAUGCCAUCACUUAUGCAAAUGUUGUCGUUUACAGCUAUUACUAUCUCUUGGACCCCAAGAUCGCUGAGAUUGUGUCCAAAGAGUUAUCCAAGAAC